GGGCCCGCCCGCGACCCGCCCCGCGCCGCGGCCCCCGCGCCUCUCGCCCCGCCCGGCGCCAGUCCGCGACCGAGCGCGACCGCGUGCGUACCACGCCAUACAUCAACAACAUUGUAAUGUGCUCACAAAAGAAUCAGCUCAACAAACUGACUAAAUUCAAAACACGGUUAACUAUCAAAAACCCUUUCUAAAAAUGUAAAGGUAAUUUAGAAUCUCCACCCAAUUAAACUACUUUCUUUCAUUAUAACUCCAAAAGUUAAUCUCAAGUUACAUUGACAUAGUGUAUUUUAGGAAUUUUAAUAAAAAAAUCGGUAAAUCUGUGUUGUGAAUAGUUGUGUGCAUCCUUAAUACGGUUGUUCCAUAUCCAGUUGUUAUCGAUUUUUGGCAUCACUAGCCCUGAACAGCUGUUUUGGGGAUACGGAAGCGAAUUGUCUGUGGUAGCUGCACUUUUUCUCAAAAACAAACCUUAAAUUGAAUAUUAUGGGUGUUUUAGUUCACUUAAUAAAUUGAAAUGGAUAUUAAUUCCGUACGUAACUAAAAUUGAAAACUGAAGUAUUCGAUUAUGGUGUGUAACUGUGCAUGUGCACGAUGAAUUAAGUGGAAUAAAAUUUUCAAAAUACAUUUUGACAACACAACAGUGGCAGUGUGGUGUUUACAGUCGUUGUGACAAUAUUGAAAAAAAAAAACAAAUUAAAAAAAAGUGUCAACAAGUGCUAACGACGUGUGCCAGUGUUUUUAAUCACAAAAUCAGUGUUAAAUAGUGUUUACCGAUUUGGAUUUCAAACGUGGAUGUGGAUUGUGCCCUGACAACAAGGUGGUGAGGUGUAUCGCUCGGAGCUAUGCUGGGCGGGGCGGCGGGGGGCGCCCGCACCCGCCCGCCCUCUGACCUCCAGCCAGGUGUACCCCGGUUUCCGCUGUACUCGCUGUUUCCUCAGGGCAACCGACCCACGCUACACAAAGUGACCACGGAGAGUCUGUUCUCGACAUCGCUGUCUACAUUCGGCGUGCCCACGCCCCCUCCAAAUUCCCCCCUACUGGAAUUGAACUCGAGGUUAUUGCUGGACAAGGAUCCGAAUAAAAUGGAAGACAGCAAGCUCGGGAAAUGUAUUCCUGACAAUCUCUGCUGUUCUGGUGAUCAGCGUCAACUGCUAGAAGGAAUAAACGUCAUGCAGCCUUUGACUAUAAAGACGGAACAGGCGAAACGGGCUUGUAAUACGUGCCUCACAAAUUCUCCGAAAAAGAUUGUCCACGCGGACGGCGGCUGCAGCCGCACCAACCCCGUAACCUGGCUGGGCGUGGCUGGACAAAACGUGCAAGUCCAAGUGAAGCGCGAACCUCAACACAUGCUGUCAGAACUGGUUGCUGUCAAGUUGGAACAAGCUUCUCCAGGGACUAAACCGGAGCCAGCUAUACCUGCGUCACUUAAUAAUGGUUCGAUCCCCGUCGGCAUCGCAGUGGCGCGGCAGCGAGUCGGUGACGCGGGGCUGCUUGCCGCCCUUUCCCAUAAAGACGCGCAGCAACGCUUGCAUGACCUCGGGCCGGCGUCAUUCUGUCAUCCGGACGGCGCGGCGGCCAUGACGGUGCUCUGCGACGACCGGCCCGCCCCGCUGGCGUGGCCGGCCCCGCCUGCGCCGCCGUCCGCGCCCCUCUGGCAGUACCCCGCCCAAAUGUCGAUGGAAAGCAUGGUGAUGGGUGGCGUGGGCGUGGGCGGCGUGGGCUCCGUGGGCGGCGGGGUCUCCUCCAUGGGCGGCUUCCAGCUCGUGCGUGAGCCUGCGUCCGGGGCCCUCUUGCUCCUGCCCGCCCCACCAGAUCUACCACAUACAGUCGUCUGGGGCGGCGUGCCUUACCCUUCUGCCCCCUUGUUACUCCCCCCAGCUCCUCAUCCGUCACACCAUCUACAGCUACUCUCUGGUGACCUCCUCGCUUCCACAGCCACCUUACAGCACACCCACACACAUUCGACGAGGCUGGUCACCUUAGCACCAGCCCCGGCACCUCCACACAAGCCAGACAACAGGAAACCUAUCAUGCAACCUCUAAUAACUCCUCACGCUUUAAUAAAGAUAGAAGCCGAACCGCAAGAAAAACCACCACCAACUUUCGCUCCGGAACCCGUACCACAACCGAUGUUAGCAACCCAUUUGUAUUACCAGCCGGAUUUCAAUGAACAGGCUUGCAGAAGCCAAGCUACCUCGCCGGCUGCACCGCCAACACCGCCUCCUGAUAACCAUGAGGCUCCAGCACAUAAAGACGCGUCGAAUCAAACGGACCAUAUUGAUGAUGACGAUGAUUCUCCUAAUCACGCUGAUGAGGAUGAGAGAGAUGUCGCUUGUGUCGGUGUCGCACAUUUCCCUGAAGAGACUCCCCUACAUAUGCCAAUUCUUCAGCCUUCGAGGAUAGACAGCGGAGAGGAAUCUUCUUCAGAAGCUUUGGCGACUUCUGCUGUGGUUGGGGCGGUAGAGAAAGCAAUACAUGCUAUCGAAAGAGAUGAAGCGUUAGAAAAUAGCUCCAGCAGCAGCACUUCUAACGAUUUAAUAAUCGAUACAGCCAGUACAUCCCCCGUUCCACCGCAACCGGCCAGAUCCGUUGUAGACGUCAGUGGAUUAGAGUUAUUGUCAAAUAGUAUUGAGCAGUUUGAGAGAACUACUCCGGCUAGCAUGCCCAGUUUGGAUCCGGCACCUCUAACGGUUGAUACUAGAACUACAACAAAUAUAAUUAUUAAAUCGAGCCCCAAAUCGCCGCCGCGUACAGACACAGAAUCUCAAAGGAGAUUCGAGUUUCCUCCAGAAGCAAGCACUAGCGACCGAGCGAAACCAUCGCUAGAUGGACUUGGUCUUUUAUGUGCUCUCGCGGAACAAAGAUUCAUGGAGGAGGUCGAAAGCCCUCCCACUAAUCUGUCCACGUCUUCCCGUCCAUUCAUUAAAAGCGAGAUCCUGAGCCCAACGGAACCUCAUAUACCGAUCGAGCCCAAGAAAGACCGCAGCCGAAGGGACUCGUCAGCGGAACGACGGAGAAAACGAAGCCGCGAUCGUGAGGAGCGACAUCGCCAUAAGAUAGACAAGAUGCGGCGCUAUAAAAGAGAGAAAGAUGAAACCAGGAAUAGUGGAGGCGAAUUAGAGGCAAGUUUAAGACGCGUUACAGCCUGCCCGUGUGGCAGCUCGCCCUGUUCGCACACAUCGGCCGUACCAUCAGCGCACGCUCUUGUCAACGCCAUGGAAAAAGACCUGCGUGACAGAUUACAUGAGCUCCAACGUCAAUGUGACGAGAAGCGAGCCCAACUUAGCGCUAUGACACCCCCCUUACCCGCCCUACCCGCUUUAUCCACUCCUUCCACGCCUUCACCCCUGGGAGCUCCAUCCCCAGACUCCGACAGAGGUUCGUCUAAAAAGCGCAAAGUCGGCCGCCCCCGCAAAGUGUCAAGCCCAGACUCCACUGAGACCAUAGUUGCCAAAAAACCCAAGUCUAAGAGCAGUCUAGUCGGCUACUUACUAGCCAAAGGCAAGCUGAAAGGUGGCAUAGUAUGUUCUAGAGGAGAACCUUCCAGGGAGGAAAGCCGGACAAGCAAAGUACGUCCGAAGUUAAAAGCGGAACCGAUUUUGAAAGUAUACUCCGAAGAGGAAGAAACCGAAUGGGGUUUGAAUAGAUCAGCAAGCUCGUCCAUGGAGAGUUUAAAUGAAGUUCGACAGAAAAAUAGAGAAAAGGUUGAUAGAUUAGUGCGGAAGCAUUCAAGAGAUGAUAUGCCUGAGUUGGAAUUCGCAAUGCGUCGCGCAAGUGCUUCCAGUGAUAGCGAAAAAGAGCGUCGACGUGCGAAGAAGCGACGAAAGAGUUUGAAGUCUAAAGAGCGUGAGGAAGCUAAGGAACCAGUUAUUGAAUCUAAACCCCCUCCUGUAUCAAAGUGUACGCUAACUGAGGAUAAGUUGGACAGUAAUCCGCGGGUGCUCACGGCUAUGGGAGGGCUGUUCUACGCGGGGAAACUGAGCGCCGUGACGGCCCCCGAUGUAUACGCCAUUACUCUCGAUGGAGAAAGGGGGAACAAACCGCAUAUACUGUCUAGGGAGGAGACGCUGAGGGAUGCUAUCCUGGAAGUAUCUCCAUCAUCAGUCUCCGAGCUGGCGUCGGGCACGCGAGUGUGCGCCUACUGGUCGCAGCAAUACCGCUGCUUGUACCCUGGCACUGUCGCCGUGUCAUCUCCAGACCCUCACAUGGACAAGUUCGUGGCUGUUGAGUUCGAUGAUGGGGAUUCAGGACGUAUUGCUAUUGAAGAUAUAAGGUUUUUGGAACCUAACUAUCCAGUUGUUGUAUACGAAAAUCCACUAUUCACGCUCGGAAAGCGAAGAAGAAAUACCAGCGUAAAUAGCACCGAAGAUAAGAAACCUCCCACCACCAGCACAGACAAACCUGUUGAACCCACACAACAGGGAGAGGAAGAUAGGAGGGACAGGAAGAAAUUAAAGAAACACAGGAAAGAGAAACUCAAACGCCUGUCAGAAGACGAUCCGACCACAGAUUACGUCAAAAAGAAGAAAAAGAAACAUAAGUGUUGCGAAGAACAUUGCAAACAUAGAAAGCACCAUAAGAAACACCACAGAAAACACAGAAAGAGACAUCAUUCUGACAGUAAAGAGAGUUCCUCUGGUGACGAUCAGAAUAAGAAAUCAUCGUCAGAUUAUUCCAAAUCUAAUGAAGAUUCAGGGGAUUCCAACGAUAGGUUGUCCACUUUAAUAGCAGUGGAGAAAUCGCCGGAUGAUAAGAUGAAAACGGUGAUCAAGAAAGCGGUGCUGACGAAGAAUCCUCUGGUGAAGACGGCAGUGCUGGACUUUAGUAACCUGGGGAAGGUGGUGGUGAAGAAAGAUGAGAAGGAUAACUUGAAGGAUAGCGGAAUCGGGCUGGAAGAGGAGCCGACGGCUUCGACUAGCGACGUUGCUAAGAAGAAGAGCAAGAAGCGCACGGUGUCGGUCGCGUCGCAGGGCUCGGAGGGCGCGGGGGCCGGCGCGGCCGGGGCCGGCACCGCGGCCGGGGUCAGCAAGAUGGCCGCCUUCCUGCCCGGCGCCGCGCUGUGGCGGUGGCGCGCCGCGCCCUACCGCCGCACCGCCAGGCCCAGGCACAGGAAGCUGUUCUACCGCGCUAUCGCGAGAGGAGAGGAAAUACUUAAUGUCGGCGAAGCGGCAGUGUUCCUCUCGACAGGCAGACCGGAUCGUCCGUAUAUUGGGCGAAUUGAAGCGCUCUGGGAAGCACGUGGAGCCAUGGCCGUACGGGUGCGAUGGUUCUACCAUCCCGAGGAGACCACGGGCUGCCAUCCUUUACUCUACCCGGGCGGGCUGUUCUCGUCGCCGCACACGGACGAGAACGACGUGCAGACUAUCUCGCACAAGUGCGAGGUGCUGCCGCUGGCGCAGUACCAGGCGCGCACGGGCGGGCAGGCGGCCGACGACUACAGCGACGUGUACUACCUCGCCGGCCACUACGACCCCGCCGCCCGCGCGCUCACCAUGCAGCCCGACGUGCCGCUCCGGCCCGCGCAGUAGACUCGUCGUGAGACUAAUCAUGGCUAACAUUGAAGGGUGCGUCUGAGCGAUCAAAAUUAUGUCGUUUAUCUAAUAAUACCGCUCAAUUUUCAACAACUUUAAAACUCACAGGCGAAUGAUGUCAAAAUAAACGGCAUAUUUCGAAAAAAAAACAGCCUUCGUUGAUGUAAACGACUAAGGCAACAUCAUUCGAUGUAUGUUCGUGUCAAGUAUUAACUGGUAAAAAGACGAACAUAUCUCAUGGCCCGGCAUUGCCCCCGCUAGUAUAUGUACGUUUCUUAAUAAAACUGUUUUUUUUUUACCAAAUUUUGCUAUAGGUACAUUCCCGGACUUUAAAUGCUGAGCCAUUUAGCGUUCAAGCUAAUUUGAUUGUCAAUAAAAUUGUCUAAAUUAUGAAGUAAUCCCUAAAGUCCAUGCCGCUCGCGUCGAAUUAUGAUACCUAAUAGCAGUGCCUUCAAGGUUUGCUUUUGAUUCGGGUUAAUUUUAAAUACAUAAUAAUGGAAGAAAUGUGGCGUGCACCUGCACAUGGUGUGUAAGGACCCCAGCAUAGAACGUCACAAGUAUGUUUUUACCGUAUUUUUAUUAAUUAAACGUUACAUUCCCAAAUAAUAAAUUUACUAAACUUCCAAAAGACAUGUACGAACAUUUUACGUCACAGAUACUCCAUGUACCGUAACCCCAACCCUAAUGAACUGUCAGAGGGACAAUCAUUCGACGCGAGAGGUUUACUUAACUGUGUUAACUGUAAAAAAAAAAAAAAUAUUCGAUCUUUUGUGAACGUUCAUUGGAUAAUCUAUAUAUUAUGCUCCGUUAAUAAUCUCCUUGAGUGGUUUCUUAGAUAAUCGACGAUUGAUUGUGGGGUGCCCUAACACGAUGAGUAAUCUAUUGGCAUACCAUCGUAUAGUGACCUUGAGCGUAACGUCUAUUCCAAACGAAUAGGAAAGCGCUUAAUGCCAGUUCGUUGACCUUUCGAUACGUUCGCGCUAUUUGGACGUCAACAUUUGACAAACUCCUAAGCGGCGAUGUUCUCCUAGUAUCGAAGCCAACUGAAUAACGGUUCAAAACCAGUUAACGAGGUCAAACAGAAACAAUGAAACUCUUUAGCGACUAUGUUGCCUUGGUAACGGUUUUAACAAAAAUGAUGGCGAAAGUAAAAAAAAAGUGCGAUGGCACAAUCUUGAUCAGUGGUCAUUUUAUUUUAUUUGAACUUAUUGAAUGGUAAAUUAUGAUUUUAGUUUAUAUUUCCUUGUGUUUACUGUCUUAUUGCUAGCAAGAUGCAUUAGGAUGGAAAUUAUUUUUUUAUGGCAAAAUUAAAAUUACACCCGUUUAAUUAAAAUAAAGUGUGAGAAUUUUACAAUUUUUAACCAGUAUAAUCAUGAUUAGUGUUUAGAUUUAAUUUCUCCGACGUCACAUUUGUGUUAGCGGUGGUAGUUUAUAAAAUGAAAGUACACAUUUUGUCUAUCUCGAUGUUAGUCAGUUUCAGUAGAUCCCCAGUGAAACUCCUGAAACGUUGCACGUAGCUUGAAUGACUAAACAAGUCACUUAUACAGGUCUUAAAGUACAAUCUAGAUUUUUGAGGCUCAAAUUUGUGACAUUUAUUCAGAUUUACCGUCCUCUUUGGAGACGAUCUAUAUAAAGUACGACUCAUGUUAGUUACCCUUGUUACGUUUUUAAUAGUGAUUUUUCAAUUCGGAAUGUUUUCCUUGGGCCGAGUGUGAAAGGCGAAUUGAGACAAUAUAGACUUUUUGAUGAGUGUUAUAAGGUCGAAAUUGGAGUGACCGAUUUGGUGAUGACGAUAUGUGAUUUAUUUUUUAUACGUGUAACGCUGUAAUCUCAGUGUUUAGGUAGUUGUAUACGCUAUUAGAUUUUACAAAUUUCUCUCCCAGCGUGUAUCUUUUUAAAUGCAAUACUUUUUCAGCUAGUCCUUUUGUUCAAAAUUAACCAGUGUCUAUUUAGUCGCGGUGGGAGGUACUUUGACUCUUUGUUAUAUUGUUUUUCGCUAUUUUAUGUUCUUGUUUAAUAAUUUUAUGUUAUCGAAGUAUACAUUUAUAUCGGAAUGGUGCUAGACGCUUGAUAUAAUUCGUUUAUGUUCGCGGUAGUUAAGACUGUAUAUACUUAGAUAAGUUUGGAACUUAAGUAUACUGUAUUUUCCACAAUUUCAUGAUUGUCGGCUUGCUAUAAAAUUUGCCAUUUUUGUCAAAAUUGACUUUCUAUAUUUUAUAUGUAUUUGUAGUAUUUAUGGUAUGAUUUCCACAGGGUAAGCCCUUCUUUGUACCCUUUUAUCAUAUCGAGGACGGUCGAAGGGACUGAGACAGGGAGUAUGGAUCGACCAGGAUAGGUAGGUAGGUUUUGUACGGAGAGGCCAAACGUUUGUAAGAAAAUGUGGGAAAGGAAUCAGCCUUAAAUGUAAAGUUACUCAGUAGGAUCGUAGAUUAUUGUCCUCUACUUACGGCAUAGCGCCUGUACGAUGUACUUUUCGUUGUCAGAUGUACUUUUAUUUCUAAGUCUACUAUUAAGUUACAUUAAGGACUUCGUUUUGUUACUAUAUACAAAAUUAUAUAAAGGAUAAUUGCAACUCUAAAAUUUGACACAUAUAUGUAUAAUAAAGAAAACGAAAAGUGCGAAUUUGGAAACAAUAUUGAAAUAAAUAGUAUUUUUAUAAUAUAAUGAGGUAACGUUUUAUUUUAUCUGAAGCAAAGCUAUUAUAAAAUAAGUACAAACUUGUUGAUGAAAUUGUGGCUCGGCCCAGUCAUAGUCACACACUCGCCCGGCGCGGGGCUCGCGGCCGGCGCCGCCAGCCGGCCGCUGCGGUCGGGCUGGCUGAUGGGAGUGCCACUGUAUUUCCAAUCUCCUAUUGGUCCAAUGCUAUGCUGUCCUAGUGCCGGCCGUGAACUUCACCGAUAUCCCUAAUUCAUUAUUGUAUUCAAAGGGAAGCCAUAAAUAUUACAAUUAAAGAUUAAUAAUAUAUCAGCAUUGAUAAUAUAAAGAUUAUAAAUACGCUUAAAUAAAAUAUUUUUGGCUGA